CUUAGAUUGCUCUUCAUAUACACCCUCAUCCCCACAACCAAGCUCUCACCAAGAAGUCCCAACAAGCAUUGCCGGCCUCAGCAAUUAAGCCACCCUCCUUUUGCCCCCAAAUUUUCAUAUGGCGGCACCACAGCUACCAACCGCGUCUCAAAACUUUAAACCAACUACGCCGCGGACGGUGCAUACACCGUCGCCUAUCUCACUCCAACCAUCAACCAAAAAAAGCCCAUCAAAACCUUCAAAACUCUUCCGGCGUUUUCGUGCAGUUUUCCGGUCAUUUCCAAUCAUAUCGCCCUCAUGCAAGAUCCCCGUUUCUCUCCACGGGAGCCGCAUGGGGGAAGGACACACACACAUGCACAUCCACGGGGGGACGCGGAUGACAGGAACCCUAUUUGGGUAUCGUAAAGCUAGGAUUAACCUGGUCAUCCAGGAAAGCCCUAGAUGCCUUCCCAUCCUUGUCCUUGAGCUCGGGAUACAAACAGGAAAGCUCCUUCAAGAUAUGGGAAUGGGGCUUGUCCGGAUAGCGCUAGAAUGCGAGAAGAGGCCCGGGGAUAAGACGAAGAUCGUGGACGAGCCGAUAUGGUCGUUGUACUGCAAUGGGAAGAAAUCAGGGUAUGGAGUGAGGAGAGAGGCGACCGAGGAUGAUCUGAGUGUGAUGCAAGUUUUGCAUGCAGUGUCCAUGGGAGCCGGGGUUUUACCAAAUGAAACAGAGUUGCCAGAGGGUGAUUUAAUGUACAUGCGAGCACAGUUCGAACGUGUGGUAGGGUCGAGGGACUCAGAGACAUAUUACAUGAUGAAUCCUGAUGGGAACAAUGGGCCUGAGCUCAGUGUGUUCUUCGUCAGGAUCUAAUUAAGGUCUUAGCUAGGCAAGGGUUAAUUAAUUAUUGUGGCGGGGAAAGAAAAUUAUAUUGGGCUGGAUUGAAUAUUAAUGUACCAAGAAAAGAAAAUUGUACAUGGAAAUGGCCUACAUUUGUAAAGAAACCCUGAAAUCAGAAAAACGUUCUGGCUUUUAGUUGCAAUG